AUGUCAAAACAUUCAUCAACAAUAACCAUAUUCACAAUUCUCAUAGUCAUAGCAACCAUUCAUCUAAGAAUCUUAAACGUAUCAGCAAUCGACCCCACACCCGAACCCGGGGUCCACGUCUUCGAGCUCUACAUGCACGAUAUCCUAGGUGGAAGCAACCCCACAGCUAGACCCGUGACCGGGCUCUUAGGCAACAUUUACAGCGGUCAAGUCCCGUUCGCUAGACGCAUCGGAUUCCGUGCCCCGUCGGGCGGAAUUGCGAUUCCGAACGCCAACGGAGCCAUUCCAACCGUCAACCCAAACGGAAUCCCACUCGGAACUGGCCUAGUCGGAACACAGUUCGCAAACCUGAACAAUAACAAUAACAACAACAACAUUCAGAACCAGAUCGCAGCCCAAUUGGGCCCCGAUGGGCUUGGGCUCGGGUUCGGCACGAUUACAGUGAUUGAUGAUUUGUUGACCGCUAAUGCUAAACAGGGUUCACAGACAUUGGGGAAAGCACAAGGUGUGUAUGUUGCCAGCUCAGCAGAUGGAAGUAGACAAAUGAUGACGUUUACGGCUGUGAUGGAAGGAGGGGAGUAUGGUGAUAGUAUUAACUUUUUUGGAGUGUACAAGAUUGGAAGCACGAUGUCCCGCUUGUCGAUAACGGGUGGGACCGGGAAGUUUUUGCACGCUUGCGGAUUUGCUGAGGUUCGGUCGCUUAUACCCGCGGGUCAAAUUGUGGCUGAUGGGGUCGAGUCUUUGUUGAGGUUGACUGUGCACCUUUCUUAUUAA